CAAUUCAAGCCGUGACAGUCGGUUUUCAAACGCGAACGCUAUUAAACGGUUUAUUUAAAACGUUAAAAAGUUUUUAAUAACUAAAAUGCUAAUACAUACUAAACAUCUAGCACUGCUAUUAACAGUGCUAUUGAUAUUAGCUUCAGCUCAGGCGAUACGCCAAAAAACUACACCUAUCAAUGAAGAACAAGAACAAAGCCUUAGACAAUCACAAAAUACCUUUGUGCAAUGGGUUCUAUCUCUGCUGCCACAAAGGCCAAAUUUAUCAAAUUUAACGGCGACUUUUACGGGUACAGUAACUAGCACCACAACUCCCGCAACACCAGCACAACCAUCUACGACAGCAAUUCCUGAGAAGACUACCAGUCAGCCUGAUCUAACAGCCACAUCUACACCUGCACCAUCACCGCAACCUACCGCAGCACCAACUACCAGCCCAACUACCACAACGACUACACCAAAACCUUCUCCUACACCCACACCCGUUAUGCCUCCUACUACCCCCAUAACACCACCCGAUCUAACUCCUCCUCGUAAUUGUACUGACUGUACCUGUGGUAUUGCAAAUACCCAGAAACGUAUUGUAGGUGGUCAAGAAACCGAAGUCCAUCAAUAUCCCUGGAUGUCUAUGUUACUGUACGGAGGACGUUUCUAUUGUGCAGCCACUCUCAUUAAUGAUCAAUUUUUAAUCACAGCCUCUCAUUGUGUUUACGGUUUUCGCAAAGAACGUAUAAGUGUACGUCUUUUGGAACACGAUCGUAAAAUGUCUCACUUCUUGAAGAUUGAUCGUAAAGUGGCAGAGAUAAUAACACAUCCUAAAUAUAAUGCUAGAACUUAUGAUAAUGAUAUUGCCAUUAUUAAAUUGGAUGAACCGGUAGAGAUGACGGAGUUAAUGCAUCCUGUUUGUAUGCCUACACCGGGUAAAUCAUUUAAGGGAGAAACGGGUACAGUAACAGGAUGGGGCGCCUUGAAGGUGGGCGGACCAACAUCUGAUACAUUACAGGUGAGAUAGAAAAGACAUCAGCUUGUAAAUGAAUAUAU